UUGCUUUGAUUGUCAACCUGGACAUUCAUUUAAAUCAGAUUGGUGUCUUGACCUUCAUGGUUUCUUAUCCCGCGACGAGCUUGCUGGUAGACUUGAACAGAUAAAUCAAUAUGUCCAAGAUAUUGAAUUAAUGUCCGUAAAAACAAAACGAUUAUUAUAUUAUAUCGCUAGUAUUGGUGCUCUUCUAUUGUCUCUUAUCUUUAUUCUGAUGAUGCGAGGAAUUGGUCUUGCUGUGAGCUUCUCUAUAUAUACUCCUUUAUACUUUAUCGCUAAAUAUAUGAUUGAAAAAAAUGCCUGCGAACGUGCAAUAGCAUUUACCAAUCGUUUAAAUGAAUUAUUCGCUCGAUAUAAUGAAAAAGAAAAUCCAACUGUUAAUUGGAAAUUCUGGUGGGUCUCUUCUUACAAUAAUUAUGCUAAUAAUUUGGACGGAAGAGCUUACGGAAAUGGUCAUAUAAACUCGUUAAAGCUCGGUUGUG